AUGCCCGUACCUACAGACGUGCUCGCCCAGUUCUUCUGUUUCUAUUUGGAUACAGUAGUGGCUCCUCUAGUUCAGGCGUUAGAGGACAAGAUUAAGGAAUUACAGGCUCAAGCUCUAGCUGUAACCGAUAGGGAAUCUAGGGUAGCUAAUCGGGGUGAUACACCGAGUGAUGUUUCGUCCCAGCUAUUCCCCUCCGUCUACCCCUUCCCGGACGCUGGCUAUCCCUCCCCACCACCUCCCACGACUCCCAGUUCAACCAGCUGCACAACCGCAGCCAACCGCCGGAGCGUAGCUCCGGGAGGGACUCUGGCCAUUCAACAUACUGUACGGCAUACGGAGUCACUCCCGUCUACGACUCUAGGCCGGCGAUUUGGCCUCCCGAUGCCACGGCAGGCCGCGACGACAGCUCGGGCCCAACAAUGCAUACUUGGCACAUACACGAUUGUUCCAUUUGUCGAUUUGGAUUCCACGGAGGCGGACCUGGCAAUGCUGCCCAGUCUCAGUUGUGAGAGUCUGGCUCUCUCGGAGCCCAAAGAAACCUGGGCACCGCCUCCGUGGCAUCAUAGGCCUGCGGUCCUCACCGAGUUUAACAGCGAUGCGGAGGAAGAGGGUUUCGACUCGAUGAGUGACCUAGGCCUGAUCCCCAGCUUCCGACAGGCCCAAAUCGCCUACACCACGCAAGAAAAAAUUGUGCAUAUGGCCAAGAAGACGGAACAAUGUUGGAGCUGGGGCCAGUGUGAGGCCCUCCCAAGCCUCUACGCACAAAAGGCCCGGGCUGUCUUGAGGCCAGAAGCUGCCGUGGCACAACCUCAGAAUGACUGUGUUCAGGUUGCCCAGCAACCGAUCGGGAGGCAUCGCCGGGUAGGUCAUGUUGAAAUUCCAGGCACUUGA